AUGAACGGCUUCUCAGAGCACGGCCUCGAUGAAGACUCAUUUGGAGCUUCUAAGGGUGGAAUAGCGAGCUUUGAUGCUUUUCCCAAAACCAAAAAGACAUACCUCACCCGCGGCCGCGAUUCCUCGUCGUGGACCGUCCUCCUUCUUUGCACAUGUAUCUACCUCUCAUGGUCCGAAAUAAGUCGAUGGUGGACCGGCCAAACCACGCAAACCUUCUCCGUAGAGAAGGGUGUCUCCCACGACAUGCAGAUUAACAUCGACAUCGUCGUCGCAAUGAAGUGCGCGGAUCUACAUGUCAACAUGCAGGACGCGGCGGGCGACAGAACACUAGCGGGGGACUUGCUGCGGAAAGAUCCCACGUACUUCAGCCAGUAUGGGAAGGGAGCGCAUGCUCUCGGUCAGGGCCAGGAUGGCCUGCCAGGGUGGGAGGAAAUGUGGGAUGUGCAUGAUCAGCUGGGUGCGGCCAAGAAAAAGAAGAAGUUUCCCAAGACACCGCGGAGGAGGGGAGAAGGCGACUCGUGCCGCAUCUUCGGUAGCCUGGAUGGAAACAAAGUGCAAGGUGACUUCCACAUCACUGCGCGGGGCCACGGAUACAGGGAGUUUGGUGAACAUCUGGACCACGGGCGCUUCAACUUCUCCCACCACAUCCAAGAAAUGUCCUUCGGCCCGUACUACCCCUCCCUCGUCAACCCUCUCGACAACACCGUCGCCACAACCGAAGACCACUUCUACAAAUUUCAGUACUACUUGUCCAUCGUACCCACCAUCUACACCGACGACGCCGCCCUCCUCCCUCUCCUUGAAGCCGUAAACCGCGACUCCGACCACCCUGCCAAACACGUCUUCCACUCCUCCCACGCCGUCAAGACCAACCAGUACGCUGUCACCUCGCAGUCGCACAAAGUCGCCGAGAACUACAUCCCCGGCAUCUUCGUCAAGUUCGACAUCGAGCCGAUCACUUUGACCGUGGCAGAGGAAUGGGGCGGCUUCUUCCGGCUGCUCGUUAGACUCGUCAAUGUCAUCAGUGGUGUCAUGGUGGCUGGCGGGUGGGCCUGGCAGAUGUUCGAUUGGGGUAUGGAGAUCUGGGGACGGAAACAGAGGAGUCGUGGUGAGAACAUGGGUAUGCUGAGGACGUUCAGCAGCGGAAAGGCGAAGACGGCGUUUGACUAG